AUGAAAAAGAUUAUGAGAUCGUUGCCUCAAUGGUUUCAACAGAAGGUCACAACCAUUGAGGAGAUUAGGGAUCUAAACACCAUGAAAGUGAGCAAACUCAUAGGUUCUCUUCAAACCUAUGAGAUGAAACAUCUUGCCCUUGAAAAGAACAAGAGUGUUGCCCUCAAGGUGGUGGUGAACAAAGAAGAAGAUGAUCAUCAAAAUGAGGAAUUUCACGGAGAAGAGUUUGUCUAUCUUUCACGAAAAUUCAAGAAGUUCUUUAAGAGCCAGAACUCAAGAAUUCAUGAUUCGAAAACUCAAUCAAGGUAUGGACAUAUAGCUUCUGAAUGUGCCAAUAUACUAAAGAAACAUAUUAGCAAAACUAAGGCAUGGAAUGCAACAUGGAGCGACAGUGAGUCAAAAUCUGAAAAUGAAGAGAAUACCGUUGCUCUCAUUACCACUGUUAGUCUAGAUGAAGCAUCAAAGAAAAAUGAUGAUGAAGGAUUCGAUAUUGAAUUUGUGCUGGAAAAAUAUGAUGAUUUGUUGGCUGUCUCUCAUAAACUCAGCAAACAAAAUGCAGAACUCAUCAAAACUGUUGCUGUGUUAAUACUAGAAAAAAGCAGGAUUGCUGUCAAGUUGCCAUCCUCUGAUAUUGUUCCCAGAAUGAGAAAAAUGCACUGA